AAGCCCUGCCACGCAAAUGCUUCUUCUUCCUCUUCUCUCUUCUAUUGCUUUCCACUUACGCUUUUUAUAUAUUGACCGCUCUUCCUCGUCAUUUUUUCUCCACUCUCGCUUGUUCAUCUUCCCCCAUUUUCACUCACCACUCAUCACCACUUCUUUCUGUCUCGCAACGCACUUGGUUCUUUCUCUGUUUCUGUUCAUUAAGUGGGGUUUCCACUCUCCUUUCUCUUCUGUGUUUCUCUUGUUUCUACCUUCAUUUCUGUUUUUGUCAUCUUCAAGAGCUCUCUGGUCGUGCUUGUUCUGCUAAAUUUUGUGAUGGCUCUCUCUGCAUUCUCAUUUCCCCAAAGAUCGUUUCUGCGUUCGACUCACUCUCAAUGCGGAGCAGAUCUGUUCUCGCAGUCUCUACACAGGCACAUCCAGGUCAGGAAAAGGCCAGCUCGGGUUUAUGCAUCACUAUCAGAAAGAGAAGAGUAUGCUUCCCAGAGACCACCGACUCCACUACUGGACACCAUAAACUAUCCAAUCCAUAUGAAAAAUCUCUCUACCAAGGAGCUUAAACAACUAGCUGAUGAGCUGCGUUCUGAUGUUAUUUUCAACGUUUCUAAAACUGGGGGCCAUCUGGGUUCAAGCCUCGGUGUUGUAGAGCUCACUGUUGCUCUCCACUAUGUCUUCAAUGCCCCACGAGACAAAAUCUUGUGGGAUGUUGGCCAUCAGUCUUAUCCACAUAAGAUACUUACUGGUAGGAGGGAUAAGAUGCACACGAUGAGGCAGACCAACGGGUUAUCUGGGUUUACUAAACGUUCUGAGAGUGAAUAUGAUUGUUUUGGCACUGGUCACAGCUCAACUACUAUAUCAGCAGGACUAGGAAUGGCUGUUGGGAGGGACCUGAAGGGAGGGAAAAAUGACGUGGUUGCUGUAAUAGGUGAUGGUGCCAUGACAGCGGGUCAAGCCUAUGAAGCCAUGAACAAUGCUGGAUAUCUUGAUUCUGACAUGAUUGUUAUUCUAAAUGACAACAAACAGGUCUCUCUACCAACUGCUACUCUUGACGGGCCCAUACCACCAGUCGGGGCUUUAAGUAGUGCUCUCAGUAGGUUGCAGUCAAACAGGCCUCUUAGAGAAUUGAGAGAAGUUGCCAAGGGAGUAACUAAACAACUUGGUGGCCCUAUGCAUGAAUUGGCUGCAAAAGUUGAUGAGUAUGCUCGUGGUAUGAUCAGUGGUUCUGGAUCAACACUAUUUGAAGAGCUUGGACUCUACUAUAUUGGUCCUGUUGAUGGUCAUAAUAUAGAUGAUCUUGUUGCCAUUCUCAAAGAAGUUAAAAGUACUAAAACGAGUGGUCCUGUACUGAUCCACGUGGUCACUGAGAAAGGCCGUGGAUACCCAUAUGCAGAAAAAGCAGCAGACAAAUACCAUGGAGUUACUAAGUUUGAUCCAGCAACUGGUAGGCAAUUUAAAGCCAAGGCUACUACACAGUCUUACACAACAUACUUUGCAGAGGCUUUGAUCGCAGAAGCAGAAGCUGACAAAGACAUUGUUGCAAUCCACGCUGCAAUGGGAGGUGGAACUGGCAUGAAUCUCUUCCUUCGCCGUUUCCCAGCCAGGUGCUUUGAUGUGGGGAUUGCAGAACAGCAUGCUGUUACUUUUGCUGCAGGUCUGGCUUGUGAAGGCCUCAAGCCUUUCUGUGCAAUUUACUCAUCAUUCAUGCAAAGGGCUUAUGACCAGGUGGUACAUGAUGUAGAUUUGCAGAAACUGCCUGUAAGAUUUGCAAUGGAUAGAGCUGGACUAGUUGGAGCAGAUGGUCCCACACAUUGUGGUGCUUUUGAUGUAACAUUUAUGGCCUGCCUCCCUAACAUGGUGGUAAUGGCCCCUUCAGAUGAAGCUGAGCUUUUCCAUAUGGUUGCCACAGCUGCAGCCAUUAAUGAUCGCCCUAGUUGCUUCCGAUACCCAAGGGGAAAUGGCAUUGGUGUUGAACUACCACCAGGGAACAAAGGCGUUCCUUUGGAGAUUGGAAGAGGAAGGAUACUGAUUGAAGGGGAAAGAGUAGCCCUCCUGGGCUAUGGAAGUGCUGUUCAGAACUGCUUAGCUGCUGCUUCCUUAUUGGAAUGCCAUGGCUUGCGAGUAACAGUUGCAGAUGCACGAUUCUGCAAGCCAUUGGAUCACUCCCUUAUCCGCAGCCUAGCGAAAACACAUGAGGUUUUGAUCACUGUGGAAGAAGGAUCAAUUGGAGGAUUUGGUUCUCAUGUUGCUCAGUUCAUGGCCCUUGAUGGUCUCCUUGAUGGCAAAUUGAAGUGGAGGCCAAUGGUUCUUCCUGAUCAGUAUAUAGACCAUGGAUCUCCUUCUGACCAAUUGGCUCUAGCUGGUCUUACACCAUCUCACAUAGCAGCAACAAUAUUCAAUAUACUUGGACAGACAAGAGAGGCACUAGAGGUCAUGUCAUAAAAGAAAAUAGAGAGAGGGGUUCUUUUUUCUUUUUUCUUUUUAAUAAUUUUAGUUCUCACUCCCCCACAAUGUAAAAAGCAUAGUAAUAUGGUUACCUUGUGUAAGAACUGAAGUAAUGUGACUUGUGCAAAUUGAAAUGGAGGUUGUCCUUAGCAAUACCAGGUUGUUGCAAAAGUGACAAAACCCAGUUUUUCUGGGGAAAAAUUAG